CCUUUUCCCCCCCUUUCCAUCCCCCAAUAAAUAAUUUCCACACAAGGAAACCAACGGAAUCUCGAGCAGAACCUGCGAAUUUCCCCCGUCUCCAAUCAUCUCCCCCCUCUCGCCCAUUCUUCUCCGAAUCCGCCUCCUCCCCAUCCAAUCUGCCGUUCCACCAAACCAAUCCUCGCCGCAGUUCGUCGUCGCCGACGGCGGCGGCGCGCAGCCAGGCGACGACUGCCGGUGCCGCGGCGGGCGUGGAUAGGUUCCUCCCUCCUCCUCCCCGUCUUCUUCUCUCGGGUUUGUCUUCUUCAGCGCGCAGUGCUGAUCUCAGUUGAAGCCUCAGGCGCGGCGCAGCUUGUCUUCCCGAAAAAAUGGCGGCGGGAAGGCUGUUUCCAUGACUCCCUCGCUUGGCGGGACUAGGAGGGGUUGGGUGGAUUGGACGUGAUCGGGAUUGCGAGGCCAUAUCAGUUCUUAUGGAUCAGCUGGCUCUGCUCGCGACGGAGUUCGGAGAUUCGUCCGACUUCGAGGUCGACGGCAUCAACGAGAACGAUGUCAGCGACGAGGAGAUUGAGCCGGAGGAGCUGGCCCGGCGAAUGUGGAAGGACAGGGUCAGGCUCAGGAGGAUCAAGGAGAGGCAGCAGAGGCUAGCCUUGCAGCAGGCUGAACUGGAGCUGGAGAAGUCCAAGCCCAAGCAGAUAUCCGACCAGGCCAUGCGCAAGAAGAUGGCCAGGGCGCACGACGGGAUCCUCAAGUACAUGCUCAAGCUGAUGGAGGUGUGCAAUGCCCGUGGGUUUGUCUAUGGGAUCAUCCCUGAGAAAGGGAAGCCUGUGAGUGGUGCGUCGGAUAAUAUUAGAGCUUGGUGGAAGGAGAAGGUUAAGUUUGAUAAGAAUGGUCCGGCAGCGAUUGCAAAGUACGAGGCCGAGCACUUGGUGGAUGCUGAUGCUCAGAGUAGCGUUGUCAAGAACGAGCACAGCUUGAUGGAUCUCCAAGACGCCACUCUGGGCUCACUGCUUUCAUCAUUGAUGCAGCACUGUAAUCCACCGCAGCGCAAGUACCCCCUGGAGAAGGGCACUCCGCCCCCAUGGUGGCCUGCGGGGAAUGAAGAGUGGUGGGCUGCCUUGGGCCUUCCAAGGGGACAGAUUGCUCCUUACAAAAAACCUCAUGACCUUAAGAAGGUUUGGAAGGUCGGGGUGCUUACAUGUGUUAUUAAGCACAUGUCCCCUAACUUUGAUAAGAUCAGAAACCAUGUUCGCAAAUCCAAAAUCUUGCAGGAUAAAAUGACUGCAAAGGAGAGCCUGAUUUGGUUGGGAGUCCUACAGAGAGAGGAAAGACUUGUGCACGGUAUUGACAAUGGCGUCUCAGAGAUUACUCACCGCAGUGCUCCAGAAGACAGAAAUGGAACUAGGAACGCACACAGCAGCAGUAAUGAGUAUGAUGUUGAUGGUUUUGAGGAGGCUCCUCUUUCAAUAUCAUCUAAAGAUGAUGAGCAAGGUCUUUCUCCAGCUGCACAAUCCAGCGAGGAGCAUGUCUCCAGAAGAGACAGAGAAAGGGCGAACACUAAACAUCUUUAUCAGGCUGUUGUUCUUAAGGAAGGAACAAAAAAACAACCACCAAAGAGAAAAAGAGCACGUCACAGUUCCGUUGCUGUUGAGCAGGAGGUACAAAGGACUGAUGAUGCACCAGAAAAUCCAGGAAAUCUGAUUCCCGAUAUGAACCGACUGGACCAAGUAGAGAUUCCAGGCAUGGCUAACCACCAGAUUACAAGCUUCAAUCAGAUGGCCGUUACAAGUGAAGCUUUACAACACAGAGGAAAUGCUCAAGGGCAUGUUUAUCUUCCUGGGUCUGGGGUUAAUGGCUUUGAUAAUGCCCAACCUGUGGAUGCUACUCCUGUAAGCAUAUAUCAGCCUGUACUUUAUGGAAGUAGUGAUAAUGCCAGGUCAAAGUCUGGAAGCCCCUUUCCACUGCAUGCCAAUUCUGGUUUUAAUAGUUUUCCCAGUAACUAUCAGACUUUACCUCCGAAACAAUCAGUGCCAUUACCUAUGAUGGAUCAUCAUGUGGUUCCCAUGGGUAUCAGGGCACCAGCUGACAACAGUCCUUAUGGUGAUCAUGUGAUUGGUGGUGGAAGUUCAACUUCUGUCCCUGGAGAUAUGCAACACCUCGUAGAUUUUCCAUUCUACGGUGAGCAAGAUAAGUUUGUUGGCAGUUCUUUUGAGGGGUUACCUUUGGACUAUAUCAGUAUGAGCAGCCCGAUCCCAGAUAUUGAUGAUUUGCUGCUGCAUGAUGAUGAUUUAAUGGAAUACCUGGGAACAUAACAUAGGUUAGGAAGGGCUCUUAUGCUUUCUGUUUGGUCAUCCAUUUUGUGUCACCAGGAUUACCAGAUUAACUUGAGUAUGGAAGACUAAACUUCUCAUUCUGAUGCUGUUGAUACCAUCUGUAGCAUGCUCAAUGAUACUUGACUUACAUUCUUUUGAAAAAUAUUGUCAAGGAUGACCGGAUUGUAAACCGGAAAGGUGUACAUGCCUACAGGGUUUAAGUUUGGAGUAAUUAAUUUUCCCGGGGAAGAUAUAUAGUGAAGGAUAGUUCUUUGUAAUUUCGAAUCUUUGAAAUAUGAAUGCCAUGCUCUCCUGCAUGUUCUCACCCCCUUCCCUUUUGCUUUCUACAGAAACAUUGAGUAUUCAACAUUGUAGAUACAAUCAAGAAUAAAAUAUUCAUCGGCUGAGGAAAUCCCUCUGUCUCUUA